CCAGGACCAAAGUCGCGCGGCAUCCUGCGCAGACUCCACUGCAAGCCUGGUCGGCCGCGUGUUGGAACAGAUCCCUGUCUGCGCUUCCUCCACGCGCCCUCGGACUGAGGACAGACCAUCCGCACUCUCGCGUUCUCCCUGCGAUCCGGACACAUAGUAUGACCUUUAGGUUUUUCGUCUCCCAGCCAUUUUCUAUGGAAAACCAACAGGAUCGGGCCCUAAUAGCCACUGGCAGCUUUGAAGAAUGGGAUGCCUUUAGAGAAGCUUGAUCUUGGAGGCCUCAGUGUGAGACCUUACAAAGCCAGCUUCCGGCAGAGUUCCUCUAUUUCGUCUUGUUGCUGAUUGAAGGUGCCCCCUUUUCCAAUUUUUCUCCAUCUCCUGGGAGGUAGCAGGAAAUCAGCAUCAUGGUUGGGUUCAAGGCCACAGAUGUGCCCCCUACUGCCACUGUGAAGUUCCUGGGGGCUGGCACAGCUGCCUGCAUUGCAGAUCUCAUCACCUUUCCCCUGGAUACUGCUAAAGUCCGGCUACAGAUCCAAGGAGAAAGGCAGGGGCCAAUGCAGGCUGCAGCCAGUGUCAAGUACCGCGGUGUGCUGGGCACCAUCUUGACCAUGGUGCGCACCGAGGGUCCCCGCAGCCUCUACAAUGGCUUGGUCGCCGGCUUACAGCGCCAGAUGAGCUUCGCUUCUGUUCGCAUCGGCCUCUAUGACUCAGUCAAGCAGUUCUACACCAAGGGCUCUGAGCAUGCUGGCAUCGGGAGCCGUCUCCUGGCAGGUAGCACCACAGGUGCCUUGGCUGUUGCUGUGGCCCAGCCCACGGAUGUGGUGAAGGUUCGGUUCCAGGCUCAGGCCCGGGCUGGAGGUAGCCAGAGAUACCAAAGCACUGUUGAUGCCUACAAGACCAUUGCCCGAAAGGAAGGGUUCCGGGGACUCUGGAAAGGGACUGCUCCCAAUAUUGCUCGUAAUGCUAUUGUCAACUGUGCUGAGCUGGUGACCUACGACCUCAUCAAGGAUGCCCUCCUGAAGGCCAACCUCAUGACGGAUGACCUUCCUUGCCACUUCACUUCUGCCUUCGGGGCAGGCUUCUGCACCACCAUCAUUGCCUCCCCUGUCGACGUGGUCAAGACGAGAUAUAUGAACUCUGCCCCUAGCCAGUACAGCAGCGCUGGCCAUUGUGCCCUCACCAUGCUCCAGAAGGAGGGUCCCCGAGCCUUCUACAAAGGGUUCAUGCCGUCCUUCCUCCGGUUGGGUUCCUGGAACGUGGUGAUGUUUGUCACCUAUGAGCAACUGAAACGGGCCCUCACGGCUGCCUGCACUUCCCGGGAGGCUCCCUUUUGAGCCUCCCCUGCUGCCUCCUCUGGCUUGGCUUUGGCUAGAGCCAGGCCCUGCUUCCCUUUUCCUCAUUUUCUCUCCCUACCCGCUUCUUUCCACUCGCAUUCCCACCCCCUCCCUUCUCCCCACAUCCUCAUCCCUCCUCCAUACCUCAUGUCCCCAUUGCCUCUCAGUCCUGGUGGAGUUGACCCCAGUUGACUCUGUGGCCUGUCACCAACCAGGAUCACAUGCCUUCAGUCCCUUGAAAAGUUCAGCCCAAUUCUUCAUCUUGUCCCCAAACCCAGUCCAACUGGUACGUUACCCAUAAAACAAGCUCAACCGUG